AUGGACAUGGGCGCAGCGGGACCGUCGACCGCCGCCGCCGCGACGGCAGCGGGAGGAGCAGCUCCGCGGGUCGCCGGCACCGCCAUCGCCAACGACGGCAUCAAGCCCGGCGGCGCCGCCAAUAGCAAUAGCGUCGGCAACAACAUCGGCGCCGCGGGCCCUAAGGCCGGCUCGCCCGUCUCCUCCUCUAAGCCCAAGCAGCGGCGCGUGACGCAGGCCUGCGACUACUGCCACCAGCGCAGCAUCCGCUGCCGGCCCUCGGGCGACGGCGUGUCGUGCGCCAACUGCCGCGACUUCGACCAGGCCUGCACCUAUCACCGGAAACCUCGCCGGCGGGGCGUCCAGCCUCGCUCGUCGACGGCGUCCUCGUCCGGCCCCGGCGGUGGCGGCGGUCCGCGAGGCGGCCUUGCCGGCGCCGACGACGCGACUCCCCGUCCCACCUCCGGGCCGACGCCGCCCUCGACGACGCCCAACUCGGUCGGCUCCGCGGGCGGACCCCGUCCCGUCUCGGUCCCGUACCGCGGGGCCAACGCGGCCUUUGGGCGCCCGCAGCACGAUGUCUGGGAGGCCCCCGUCAUCGCCUCGCAGGCCGUCAUCGUCGACCUCGUCGAGCUCUACUUUGAGCUCGUCUACCCCAUCUUCCCCUUCUUCCACCAGCCCUCCUUCACGCGGCGCAUAUCGCGCGCCGACUACCUCACCAGCCGGACCCUCUUCGCCAACACCAUGGCCGUCUGCGCCCUCGUGAGCAGCCGCAUCCGCGACGGGUCCGUCACCAACCCGCGCUGGGACCUCGACUCGCUGCGCGAUCCGUCUCCGGACGUCUUCUACGCCGAGGCCAAGAGGCAGCUGAUCGACAUCAGCCCGGACUCGAGCCUCAACGUCCUCCGCGCCCACGCCAUCUUGGCCAUCACCGCCAUCCAGAACAGCCGGAUACGGGACAUGCACCAGCACCUCGGCACGUAUCACACCCUUGUCGCCAUGGACGCCUUGCAUGACGAGUCCAACUGGCCGGCGGGGAUCGGCGUCAUCGAAAAGGAGGAGCGGCGGCGGCUGUUUUGGUCCAUCUACACCCUGGACAUUUACACGUCAGUCGUAUGGGGAGGCAUCAUCCGGUCGCGCGAGCAGCAGUCCAACGUCGCGUACCCGAUAGAGGUCGACGAUGAGUUCAUCGAGGACGGCAGCGUGCCCGAUGCCGACCACAGCCCCAAUUCCGUCAGCUCCACCUCCACCCGCCGCGCCUUGACGGUGCGCUCCGACUGCUGGCUCUCCGGGUGGAACUUUAUCACCGACCUCUAUCGGGUGUUGGAGCACGCCCUCACGCGGUUCAGGUAUCAUAGCAACCGGUCCCGCCGCCAAUCAUUUUUGCACGAGAUUUUCGAGGACAAGUCGACGAGCGUCACCGAGGCGUCCGUUCGGGACAGCGUCCUACAAAUGUACCUCAACUUGCCGGCCUGCUUCAAGGAGACGCCGCAGCUUACGUACAACGUGAAGAAGGACCGCUUCGGGUACCAGGCCGCCAACAUCACCGGCAGCCUGCAGCUGGUGCGCAUGGUGCUCUUCGCGGCCGGCGGGGCGAGCAUCGGCGAGCGGUGCCAGAUUGUGAGGGAGGUCGUCGACGCCUUUGUCUCCGUGCCAGUAAGCUACCUCGUCGCCAUCAGCACGCCGCUGCUGCACCAUCUAGGCGGUAUCGGGGCCUUUCUUGGCUCCGUGUUCGAGGAGCCGCUCAACGAGGCAGACUACAGCCAGGUGCGCGGCAUCAUGCUGUCGCUGGCACAGCUACUUGAGAGCCUGGAAGCGGUCCACCACUCGGCCAGCGCGAGCGAGCGGCUGCGCUCACAGGUCGCGCGUAUUGAUGAGUUUAUGGCCUCGCAGCGCCAGGCCGUGGCCGCCCCCAUGUCGAUGCCUCCCAACAGGGGUCCAGUGGCGCCGCCACAGAGCGUCGCGGCGGACGGCCGAACUGUGCCCGCGGGCUCGUACCCGCAGAUGGGUGGGCACGAAAUGGCCGACGGGUGGUCCUUCCAGGUGCCUGCGGAGAUGCUGGGCGAGCUGAACUGGAGCUUCGAGUUUGGGCAGACGUGGAAUGCGCAAGUCUAG